AUGAGUGCACGAGGAGAAGGAGCCGGUCAGCCUUCCACUUCCACCCAGGGACAACCUGCCGCCCCAGCGCCUCAGAAGAGAGGACGAGGUCGACCCAGGAAGCAGCAACAAGAGCCAACAGGUGAGCCCUCUCCUAAAAGGCCCAGAGGAAGACCCAAAGGAAGCAAAAACAAGAGUCCCUCAAAAGCUGCCCAAAAGAAAGCAGAAGCCACUGGAGAAAAACGACCAAGAGGCCGACCCAGGAAAUGGCCACAACAAGUGAUUCAAAAGAAGCCUGCUCAGGAAGAGACUGAAGAGACGUCUUCACAAGAAUCUGCAGAAGAUGAUUAGGAGACCACACCAUUCCAUUUCUACCUCAUCAGCAGUUGGGUCUUUUGAAGGGAGAAGACACUGCCGUGACCACUUAGUUUUCUAUUGCCAUGGUCUUUUCCACUUUUGCCUGGGGGAAAAAAAUCACAUAACCUUAAAAAGGACUUUAUUAAUCACCUUCUUUGUAAUCCCUUCACAGUCCCAGGUUUAGUGAAAAACUGCUGUAACACAGGGGGACACAGAUUAACGAUGCAACUUUUAAUUACUGUUUUCUAUUUUCUUAACCU